CCAAUCAGGAGCGAGGACAGAGUGACGCUGCAGAUGUAAACAAACAGAGGCAGCGCGGCCAUUACAGUUCCUCAGAGUUCCUCAGAGUUCUCCGUUUGGAUCCUCCGCCGUCGAACAAAUCAGGGUCGCACCCCGGGCCGCACCGAUCCGUCCGCCGGAGAGAAGGGACAUGAAAGACCCGAGCAUCAGCAACGCCGCCCCGAACAUGACGAUCAGCAACGAGGUGAUUCUGAGCAACCAGUUUAACAACGAGGACGACCCGUUCGCAGAGUACAUGUGGAUGGAGAACGAGGAGGAGUUCAACAGACAGGUGGAGGAGGAGCUGUGGGAGGAGGAGUUCAUCGAGCGCUGCUUCCAGGAGAUGCUGGAGGAGGAGGAGCAGUGGGAGUGGUUCAUCCCGUCCAGAGACCUCCCCUCUCAGACCGUCAGCCAGCUGCAGGAGCAGAUCGGCCUCCUGGUCCUGGACGCAGACGUCCACGCCGACGCCGACUUCGAUGUUGUGGUGAACAGCAGUCUGAAUCCCAACGCCAAGGAGUUCACUCCGGGCAUCCAGAAACAUGUCAUGUGACCCUGCCUGGCUCCGCCCCCUACCCCAGUCCGCACUGUGACAUCGUCGACAAGAUGUCUGCCGUAUUUUCCAGCUGCCACUCGACCUUCAGCCUGACGUGUUGCCAAAGUUCUGCGCUCGCACGUGUUCAAGUUCAGAAUUCUUCCUGUUACUGCGACCUUCCACCCGUCUGUCUGUGGAAACUCUCUGAAUGUAAAUCAGCUGAGAGGAGUGUUUGUGUUCACGUUAAACUCAGAACAAACUGCUCUGCUGUCUCCACACUCACCUUCAGCUUUUAUUUGCACUUUUCUUUUAUAGAACCUGAGAUCAAACCGUGUGCUCGCGUUUUAUUUGAUCGCCUUUAGCGCCGCCUCCCGUCGAAAAGCACUUUUCUGCUCGUUUGGUUUUACUGUGUUAGUUCAGAGUCUGGUCCAGUUCAGAGGAGGUCUGGUCUAGUUUAGUUCCACUCUGAUCCAGUUCACGUCAUGUUUAGUCCACUGUAGAUCCACUCUGGUCCAGUCUAGAUGUCGUCUAAUCCACUAUUAUUCAGUUUAGAUUUGGUCUAAUCCACUAUUAUCCAGUUUAGGUCAAGUUCAGUUUUGAUCUGGUCAGUUUGGUCUGAUCUGGUUCAGAGUUGGUAGAUCAGCUCUGAUUCAGUUUUGUUUGGUCUAAUCCAGUUUGAUCCAAUUUACAUGUUUAAUCCACUAUUAUCCAGUUUAGGUCAAGUUCAGUUUUGAUCUGGUCAGCUCUGGUCUGGUUUAAAUCCAGUCUGAUCCAGUCUUAGGUCUUGAUCAGCUCUUUCGUUUGAUCUAAUCCUGUUUGUCCUGUUUAGAUAUAGUUCAAUCCAGUUUGAUCCAGGUUAGAGUUGGCUUAAUCCAGUUUGAUCCCAUUUAUAUUUAGUCCAAACAAGUUUAGAUCCAGUUAGCUCUGGUUUGAUCCAGAUCAGAGUUGGUCUGAUCUAGUUUAGAUCUGCCCGGUCCGGUUUACAUCAGGUCUUGUUUGUAGAUCCACUCUGAUCAAGUUUGGGUUUGGUACAGACUGAGCCAUCCUAAUCUGGUUCAUCUGUUCCUAUUUAGAUGUGGUCUAUACCUGCUACUCCCAGUUAAAUCCAGUAUAAAGCUGGUCAGAUCCACACUGAUUAGGUGUAGAUUUAGUUUUACUCCAUUUGAUCCAGUCAGCUCUAGCCUAACCAGGUUUUGAGCUUGUUUGAAUCUGUUAUUUGCACAGUAUAGUCCACUUUAGAACCACUCAAAUCCAGUUUAGAACCACUCAGAUCCACUUUAGAACCACUCAAAUCCAGUUUAGAUCCAGUCUGAUCCAGUUUCGAGCUGUUCUGGUCCGGUUUAGACCCACUCAGAUCCUGUUUAGAUCCAGUCUGAUCCUGUUUAGAUCCGGUCUGAUCCAGUUUAGACCCACUCAGAUCCAGUUUAGACCCAGUCUGAUCCAGUUUCGAGCUGUUCUGGUCCAGUGAGACCUGCUAGUUUUGGUGUUUGGUUUGGUUCCUUUGUGUUUCUCCCUGCUGGCCCUCCGACUCGUCGUUGCUGCCUCAUUAACUGAUGUCGUGUUGACUUUUUUCUAAAUGCACAGAAAGUACUGUAUAAAAAGUCAUAUAAAGAAAAAACAAUGUUAAAAAAAAUCUAUUUUUUCUUAAACUACUUGAAAAUAAAUGUUUAUGGAGAAAAAGUAAA